CGAUUCUUACCUAGGGUUGCCUGUGAGCAGAGCCAGCCUCCGGCGAUUUCCCGGACAGACGCAGGAAUACUCGCAGAGAAGAGUUUGCGCGACCUAGGGUUUUCGAUCGUCGGAAUAGGACCAGCGAUUUCCGGCGAGAUUUUCCGUGCAUCACCACCUCUAUCUCAACCUCAACCAGGGCUUCGGCAUCACCACCUCUUUCGAAUUGCCGGAACAGGACUGGUAUUGUAUUAUUUUCGAAAAAAGUUUUGGCCGUGCAUCGCACGGGCACAUAUUUAGCUGUAGAAAUGGCUAGAGAAACCCUAGCUUCAUCAGGGUCUUUCCAAACUGGUAGGGGUGCCGUCCUCACGAUUCCGCCACCACCGGAAGAUGCUUGGAUUGAUACCUACCGAAAAUUAGUCCGUCACUGGCAAAAAACUCCAACUCGAAAGUCAACUAUUCCAAUUGCAAUAUCGAGAGUAAAUCAGAUUGAUGCAGCGAGACUAGAUGUUGAAAUGUCAGCCAUGUUAAAGGAGCAAUUGGUGAAAGUCUUUUCUUUGAUGAAGCCAGGAAUGUUGUUUCAAUAUGAACCAGAACUUGAUGCUUUCCUCGAGUUUCUGAUUUGGUGGUUUUCUAUCUGGGUUGAUAAACCUACUCCCGGCAAUGCUCUAAUGAAUUUGCGGUAUAGAGAUGAGCGUGCUUUUGAGAUGCAAGGAAAAGUCCGAACUGGAUUGGAGGGACCUGGACUUACUGUUGCACAAAAGAUCUGCUACUGUAUUGCAACUGUUGGUGGACAAUAUUUCUGGGCCAGGUUACAAUCUUUUUCUGCUUUUCGAAGAUGGGGUGAUUCUGAGCAGAGAUCUAUAGCAAGUUGGCUAUGGUUGUUAAUACAACGGGUAGAAGGAAUUUAUAAGGCAGCAUCUUUCAGCAAUCUCCUUCUAUUCCUCCACACUGGAAGUUAUAAGAGUCUUACUGAGAGAGCUUUAAGAGCAAGGCUUGUCUAUGGAAGCCCCAACAUGAAUCGAGUUGUAAGCUUUGAGUACAUGAAUCAUCAAUUGGUUUGGCAUGAAUUAUCGGAAAUGCUGUUGUUGCUUCUUCCCCUCUUAAAUUCAUCAUCCAUCAAAAACAUUCUUUGCCCAUUCUCAAAGGACAAGUCUUCGAAUUCUGCAACUGAUGAAACCGUAUGCCCCAUCUGCCAGGCGACUCCCACACUUCCUUUUUUUGCCAUUCCUUGUCACCAUAGGUUUUGUUACUACUGUCUUCAAACUCGGUGUUCGGCGGCUCCAUUCCGAUGCACAAGGUGCGGUGAGUUGGUUACUGGAAUGCAGCGUUAUGGUCGUCGUAAUGCUGCUGUUCAAACAACAUAAGCUUAGAAAAAAGAUCAAUUGGAUGAAGGAGAAGUAUCACAAAGAAAUACUCCCUCCGUCCCCCAUAGAUCUUCCCAAUAACCCUUUUUCUUUGUCCACAAUAAAUCUUCUCAUUUCAUUUUUUAACAAUUAAAAUACAACUACCUCCACUUACUUUAUUUAUUACACCUCACCCACCUCAUUUAAUACACUCCACCCCUUUUCAUUAAGGGUAUUAUGGUAAACUUUCACCUUUUUUCAACUCUCCUUAAAAACCACCAAAAUUCAAAAUGAGAACAUCUUAAGGGGACAGAGGGAGUAGUAUUCUUUCUCUUCCAAUUUAUAGUGUCUGUUUCGAUUUACGAUGUUUGACUGAAAU